AUGUCUGGCGCGCCUAUCGAUGCGACUGGACACUUUGUCCACGGGAACACCGAAGCUCCUGCGCACCCCAGCCUGAUGGCCAUGUUCUCUCUGAAAGGCAAAACGGCGAUUGUCACCGGCGCCGCUGCUGGUAUUGGCCUCGCAGUUGCCGAUGGUCUGGCUGAAGCUGGUGCCAAUGUUGCUCUGUGGUACAACAGCAACACAAAAGCCCAUGAACGGGCGCAGGAGAUUGCUGCUAGAUACGGCGUGCAAGCCAAGGCUUAUCAGGUCAACAUCACGGACUCCGAGGCAGUCAAACAGGCUCUUGAGCAGAGUGUGAAGGACUUGAACGGACGGUUAGACGUCUUCAUUGCCAAUGCCGGUAUUCCAUGGACUCAGGGUCCGGCCGUGGACGGCCAGUUGAGCCACUAUUCUGACGUUGUGGACAAUGACCUGAACGGUACAUUCUACUGCGCAAAGUAUGCUGCCUACUACUGGAGGAAACAGAAGGAGGAAGGCGUUGACCUCAACGGCAACAAGCUCCAGAACUUCACCUACGGUAGCUUUGUCGCGACUGCCUCAAUGAGCGGCCACAUUGUCAAUAUCCCUCAACUCCAGGCCGCCUACAACGCCGCCAAGUCUGGCGUUAUCCACCUAUGCAAGUCCCUAGCCGUUGAAUGGGUCAAGUUUGCCCGCGCCAAUACCAUCUCCCCUGGUUACAUUAUUACUGAGAUCUCCAACUUCGUCCCCAAGGAGACAAAGGACAUCUGGUGUGACAAGAUCCCUAUGGGCCGUGAAGGUCGCGCGGAGGAGCUGAAGGGUGCAUACCUCUAUCUAGCCUCAGACGCGUCCAGCUACACGACAGGUGCCGAUAUUGUGGUUGACGGUGGCUACUGCGCUCCUUGAGGAAUCUUCCUUACGUACCCACAUUUGAAUACUACUUCGGACUCCAUACAUGAAACCCGGAUUUUGGUUACGACAAUCAAUCAAUAACGGUAGCUCGAUAGAACGAUAGAUAAGAUAGACGAGAA